AUGAAACAAACAUGUAUAGAAGGAUUUCAAAAAUACGAAAUCACACUUGACGACUUGCUGUGCAAAAAUAGCAAGACUGCCUGCAACAGCAACGACGACGACGACAACUACCAAUGCCCUGCCAACGAGAACCGCACCAAUUUACGGAAAGCAGCCAUAACAGCCUUCGCAGCUUUACCUGUCAACGGGAACGGCACGCAAUUAAUAGACGAAC